GACAGCUGGCGGAUGUAAACAAAGAAGCAUGAGCAGAGUUAGCUUCACUGCUGUGUGGACUGAGCUGUAAAACGGCUGUAUUAUAGUAUGAAUGAGAAAUAUCAGAGCGAUAAAGUAAUGAUGUGUUCAGUUGAGUAUCUGAGAGAGUUGAUCAGCGACAGACUAGCUGCUGCUGCUGGAGAAAUAUUCUCAGAGUUUGAAAAAACCAUCGUCCAGUACCAGGAUGAGAUCGAUCGUCAGCGCAGACUGCUGGAUGUCAUCUGGAAACCACACAUCCCCUUACAACCCAUAGAGCUCCCACAGUCUUAUGUCUGUGAGAAUGAGAAGACUGUUGUUGACCAUCAGCCCCAUGACCGGGAGAAAAACUCCAUGGUGGACCAUGAGGACCCAGAGCCUCUACGGAUUAAAGAUCAGCAGGAGGAACUCUGCACUAGUCAGGACCAAUCAAACCCAGAGAUUUCUCAAAUUAAAAUGGAACAGGAAGAAUUGUGCACCAGUCUGGCCCAAUCAAACCCAGGGUUACCACAAAUUAAAGUGGAACAGGAUGAACUCUGCUCCAGUCAGGAGGAAGAGUUAAUUGGAUUGAAACAGGAGACUGAUACCUUUGAGGUGACUCCUGCUGAUGAGGAAAGUGACCACAGUGAACCAAAACCAAACAGUGAUCAGCUCCUGUUUCACAUCUCUUGUGUAGCUGAGAGCCCAGAUCAGGAAGGAUGCAAGGAUGUAGACUCAGGAUCAACUAGAUGUAUUGAGCAGAAACCAAGACAUCAGAGUAAUAACAGUCACAGUAAUGAUGUAGACAAUGCUCCAUUGUCAGAGCGACUGUGUGAUAAUGACAAGGCAAGAAAAUCUGCAACAUGCGAGGUCUGUGGAAAAGCUUUUAGGCGUAAAUCAAAUUUAAUCAGACAUCACAGAACCCACACAGGUGAGAAGCCGUAUUCUUGUGAAAUCUGUGGGAAAAGCUUCAGUCAACGGUCCCAUUUGACUUACCACAUGAGACGUCACACAGGUGAGAAGCCGUAUGUUUGUGGAACCUGUGAAAAAAGCUUUAUUCGACGGACCCAUUUGACUGCCCACAUGAGAUGUCACACAGGUGAGAAGCCGUAUGUUUGUAACAUUUGUGGAAAAAGAUUUUCUGGUUCAUCAGCACAUUAUAAGCACAUGGCAGUUCACAAAAUGGGAAAGCAAUAUUCUUGUGGAACCUGUGGAAAAAGCUUUAGUCGACGGACCUAUUUGACUGAACACAUGAGAUGUCACACAGGUGAGAAGCCGUUUUCUUGUGGAACCUGUGGAAAAAGCUUCAGUCAACGGGGCUCUUUGACUGCCCACAUGAGACGUCACACAGGUGAGAAGCCAUAUUCUUGUGGAACCUGUGGAAAAAGCUUCAACCGCAGUCAUCGAUUAAAAGCCCACAUGAGAAUCCACACAGCUGAGAGGACAUGAUCCUGAAACAUCUGUGGAAAACAUAAUGUGAGAAUUAAGGUUGAAACAACAUGUAAGAAUUGGUACAGGUUAAAAGUAGAUGUUUUAGAUUUUAAGCACCUUUAGUCUGUGCUUCAACAACAAUUGUGAGGAAGUAUGUAAGCAAUCCUUGAUGAUUAGACCAGAUGGAGUCUGGACUGUGGUGGUGGAGCAGGCAGAAGAACCAAACUGAAUGUCUGGAUGGAUAUGGUAUUGGUACAGACUGCUACAUUUCUGCUAUCAUGACAUCCUUCAUCAGCAGAGCACUGAUUGGAGAUAAUGUGAAGCUGUUUGGAACAUUUUCACUUUCUGCUGAGAGAACAUGGCUGUUCAGGUGUGAACAUACUGCUGGAAUCCACUCAGCUUGAGCUCUGCUGUCUUUCAAGUAAAAGGAGGCAACGAGAUACAGAGACAUUGUGACAGUAGAACACAACAGAGUGUGUCACUGCAGCAGAGGAGAUCUGGACGUGAAAUAAAGUUGGAAUAAAACGUGCAGCUCCAUGACUUCAUGAAAUGUUUUGAAUGUUUUCAAACAGAUGAACAUUUACAAGUUAUUUCAUAAUUCAUGUAACACUGAAGAUCCCCAGCAAGAAUAACUCUGAGUCAGAUAUCAAAGACAUAACCAACAUUAUUAUGUUUUCAAGCAACAGACAAGUGGUUUUACUAGUAGCAGCUGAUACACUCCUGCAAAUGUCAAAACCAGAAAUGUUAAAAACAGGUGAAGCUGUGCUGCAAUUUCUGCUGGUUAGAUAAAGGUCUUAUGCUAUUUAUUUCUUCUAUUGUCACCACAUAGGUCAUCUGUGUGAUUUGUUAGUAGGAUCUCAUUGUGUCGUCAUACAGCACAUUGAACCCUUGUAUUGUCUUAACGUCCUGAACACUCCUGUCCUCAGGGUCAGAAAUGACCUGCCUCCACUGAGCCUCUAAAAUAGAGCAGCUUAAUGGAAUUUUUAACCAAAAAUCUAUUUUACAUGAAGAAACAACCUGUCAUGCAUCACACACUUUGUGAAUGCCUGUUUUUGCUUCCUCAGAGGGUAGAAAGACUGUAUUUAAUCAGUGAACACCAUUCAUUUUUAUACCAUUGUUCAUGCUGUAACUGUUUUCUUUCUUUAAGUAGAGGUUUAUUAUCACUAUUAUUGCUGCUAAAGGUACUGCAUAGGUGUAAACAUUUCUUGUUUUGCAAGAGAUAAUACUUCUGUAGCCUAAUAAAGUACCAGAAAUGUGCAGAAGUGAACUUUAAAUGAAUUUUUGAAGGGAAACAAGUGUACAGUAUACUGUACAAUGGAAUAUAAAACUACAAAACUCAGCUAUAAAAUACUAGAAUUUUCUCAUCUUUUGAAUCAUUGCUCCCACUGACAAGCAGCAUGACCUACAUCAAUCAUAAGAAUCGAAAAAAUAACAGAUUCAAAGCAAAAUAUUCUGAACAUAUUAAGCUUUAAUUAACACACAGAGGACAGACUGCAACUGUAUUUGUCACACGUGCAGCACACAGUAUUUGUUUUACAGUCCUUCUUGUUACUCCUGGAUGACUGAAAAAAAAAAUGUGAUCUCUGACCUGCCGGGUACUGAAACCUGAAAACUGCCCUCAUGGCUUCAGCAAAGAGAGAACUGGUGGCGUUGUCAUCUGCAGCACCUUUCUAACCUCUGAACACAUUCCCCGUUAGUAAACGAUGCUUUCAAGAAA